AUGAUGGAGCUGCUAGAGGAGGACCUCACCUGUCCCAUUUGCUGUAGCCUGUUUGACGAUCCUCGUGUCCUGCCCUGUUCACACAACUUCUGCAGAAAGUGCCUGGAAGGAAUUCUUGAGGGAAACGUGCGGAAUGUGCUUUGGAGGCCGUCCCCUUUCAAGUGCCCCACGUGCAGGAAGGAAACUCCCGUUACCGGAGUCAGCAGCUUGCAAGUCAACUAUUCCCUGAAAGGUAUCGUGGAGAAGUACAACAAAAUCAAAGUCACUCCAAAAAUGCCUGUGUGCAAAGUGCACAGCGCGCAACCCCUUAACAUUUUUUGCCGGACAGACAUGCAGCUGAUCUGUGGGGUUUGUGCCACCCGUGGUGACCAUACAAAGCACGUGUUCUGUUCUAUCGAAGAGGCUUAUUCCCAGGAGAAGCGGGCUUUUGAAACCCUGUUUCAGGGCUUUGAAACCUGGCACUGUGGAGAUGCCCUCUCGCGGCUGGAUACCUUGGAAACCAGUAAGAGGAAGGCUCUGCAGAUGCUGACCAAAGAUUCUGACAAAGUGAAGGAGUUCUUUGAGAAGCUGCAGCACACGCUGGAGCAGAAACGAAAUGAGAUUCUCUCUGACUUUGAGACCAUGAAGCUGGCGGUGAUGCAGGCCUAUGAUCCGGAAAUCAAUAAACUGAACACAAUUCUGCAAGAGCAGCGGAUGGCUUUUAACAUCGCAGAGGCCUUCAAAGAUGUGUCUGAACCCAUUAUAUUUCUGCAACAGAUGCAGGAGUUCAGGGAAAAAAUCAAGAUGCUCAAAGAAACCCCUUUACCUUGUUCCAGCGUGGACAUCAGCCCUACGAUGAAGAGCUUUGAUACCAGCCAGUGGAAUGGAAUAAAACUAGUGGAUGUGGACAAACUUUCCUUACCGCAGGAAAACAGCACUCUUAAAUUCAAAAUUCCCUCAGUCUUUUCGCGCAGAUUUAUAGUGACCUCUCUUAUUUGCUUGUUUAUUCUUGCUGUCACCAGAAUGUCCUUCGUGGAGUCAGUCGUUGACAAUCUCCAGUGCUGGAAAUCUCAGUUCUUUACAAUUAGCUUGUCCUAUUUGGCAGAUACAGUGGAGAUAGCAGAUCAUGCUGUCUUUUACUGGGAACAGAUGACAGAUGGAGCUUCACUUCUAAGAGAAAAGUGUAAAAACUAUACGUUGGUUGUACUGGAUAAUGUUGCACAGUUUGUGUGCAAAUAUAAACUCUUGUAA